GAUCUGACUGUCGCCACUGCAUUACUCUCUUGACUGGUUGAGUCAAUCAAGAAUUUGAACGGGGCGCUCAGAAUAGGGUAUCACGGGUAAAAAACUGAAGUGAACCAACCAGGAAUUCAGGCAAGUGUCUUCUUUGAAACCGAUGUUGAUUAACCCAGGCCGAAUUCAACGAGACCUCCGCCAUUCGACCGUCGACCUUCGAUCUGCUCAAAGGAACAUGCGCGCGCAGACGAGCUUCAUGAGUGCUGGACAUCUACAUAAUUGUUUGAAACUUUCGUGCACUGUUCUUCACGAGCCUUAUCUCUCUUAUUAAUCAACACAACAUGGUUUACACUCCCUCACCCGCUACUGCUGCUUUCGCCCUCUUAACCCUUGGGGCCCUCAGCACCGUCAAUGCCGCUGCUAUUCCCGCGUUCCGAGGUUUAUCUGGCACACCAGCAGUGUCGACAGGUGCCCCCCUUACACCAGGAAUUGGUCUCGCACAUUCCUCCUCGCAUAUGAACGCUUCUGAGAGUGAACAUCGUCAUGGCACAACAGCAGCACCCACAACACCUGUUGCCCCCGCACCAGACUCUUUCCCCGUUCAAACACCCUCCGAGAUUAACACUCCCCAGAGCGGAGACCAUCACAAACAUGUGGGUGUGCCGGAGGGCAAGCACGCGCACGGAAAGGGAAAGGGAAAGAAUCUUGAAUCUGCGUCGAGCACAAUGAAGAAAGGUUCUCAUAGAGCGAAAUCUAGCACAUCUGACCCUACCUCCAACGUGGACCCUGCGGCUGGGAAUACUGCAUCCCAGUCAUCCAGCGACUUGACUGGAAGUCCUGGGUCGGCGAAAGGGCUGGAUGGGAUGAAGCAGCGCCGGAGCUUCAAAUCCGUCAUGAGCGAUAUCGAUACUGGUGUCAAGGAUGUUGGCAAUGAUGUCGGGGGUCUCGUGUCCUCCUUCCUCAAGAGAGAAGAAUUCGAAGAGGUUUAGCAAUAUCGAGAUCUCGCCAUAAUAAUAUAUGUAGAGUAUCGGGUGCACAUACUAUGUCUUUUUUGCUUUCAUGAGUCCUCUCGAUAUCGAGUAGAUAUAUGAUCGGCCGUUGUGGUAUGUACUACUGUAUCAAUUCUGUACUAAGUUGUACGCCGAAAGAUAAUAUUCCUGAGAUUCAAAAGUCCGUUCAUCGUUAUCAAUUGUUAUGCUCCAGCGGACAAAGGACGUCCCACAGUGUGCGGAAACUUCAAGCUCCUAAAUCACUGUAAAUGUUGAUGGUAUAUUCACUGCGCUGUCGCUGCAGUCUACAUAGGCUUAAGGCGAUCCCCUCUUCGAGAUUGACGUUUGAGCUGUAGAGCUUAGUCACCAGGCUAGCUGGUACCCUCCGAUUUGACCGUCAAAACCGUUCUUCGACGAUCCCUUGA